ACGGUGUUGGCAAUAUGCCAAACAUGUUUAAGCAUGACAAGAACACUUUGUUAUUGUCAAUUGUCAUUGUCUCUGACUUGCACACUUGGAUUCAGACAGGCAGCGGCCAACAGCUAAAUAUGGAUCUAAUCAGAAGAGCCACGGGACCGUACACAUCCGUUGAAGAUUCUGUCUUGAACCUGUGUUUUACAAUCUUCCGCACUGUUGAGAAAGUGAAGGUCAACAGGGAGCGCUGCCACCAAAUCUCAGACAGAGUCAAAUCACUGGAGAGACUCGUUCUCACCAUCAAACAAAAAGGGUCGGGCCAAAAUUCUGCCAUGGUGGAGGCCACGCUGAGGGAUCUCUGCAUCACUCUGGACUCUGUCGCCACAGAAAUGGAGAAAUUAUCUAAAACCAGUGCUCUUAAGAACGCCCUGAAGUCCAACCAAGAAGACAAGUUCUGGAGGAUGGACCGAACUCUCACUGAUAUCCUCCAUGUCCUGUCUGGGACUCUAAACAUCGAGCAGGGCAACACACUGUACACAACCCCUCUGCCUCCCCCCAGCCCCAUGGCCACAGCGCCCGUACAUAACCCCAGCCCCAUGGCCCCCGCGAACAUGUACAACCCACCAGCUCCCAUGAAUAACCCCAGCCCCAUGGCCCCCGCGAACAUGUACAACCCACCAUCUCCCAUGAAUAACCCCAGCCCCAUGGCCCCUGCGAACAUGUACAACCCACCAGCUCCCAUGAAUAACCCCAGCCCCAUGGCCCCCGCGAACAUGUACAACCCACCAGCUCCCAUGAAUAACCCCAGCCCCAUGGCCCCCGCGAACAUGUACAACCCACCAGCUCCCAUGAAUAACCCCAGCCCCAGAGCCCCCAUGACCAUGUGUAACCCCCCAGCGACCAUGUAUUACGCCAACCCCAUGGCCCCCGCGACCAUGUAUUACGCCAACCCCAUGGCCCCCGCGACCAUGUAUUACUCCAACCCCAUGCCCACGGUGAUGUGUAACCCCCCAGCUCCCAUGCCUAGCUAUAAGCCACUGGUCAUGGGCACCAUAGCCCCAAGGGCUUUUUCGCCACAAACUACUGUAAUAUCUGUCAAAACAAACUUUGGUUACUCCCCCUAAGAUUGGCAGAAGUUAAACAAGGCA